AUGACCUCUGUACCGCAAAGACACACCUACUACGGUGCACCUUCAUCGGUGUACACACAGUCCCGUCAUCUCUCUGCAUUUGACACCAGCACAAAACGCAAGCAUGUCACAUUUGGCCCAUAUAUCGUGGGAUCUACAUUGGGGGAAGGUGAGUUCGGGAAAGUGAAAAUGGGGUGGUCCAAACACCCGGCAUCGUCUUUGGACGUUCCAAAACAGGUGGCCAUCAAGCUGGUGAGAAGAGACACGAUCCCAAAGAACUCCGAAAAAGAGGUCAAAAUUUACCGCGAGAUAAACGCCUUGAAGCAUCUGACCCAUCCAAACAUCGUGAAGCUCGAAGAAGUACUGCAAAACUCGAAAUAUAUCGGCAUCGUGCUGGAGUAUGCAUCAGGUGGAGAGUUUUAUAAGUACAUCCAGAAAAAAAGAAGACUCAAGGAAAGCGUGGCGUGCAGGCUUUUUGCCCAGCUUAUCAGUGGUGUGUGCUACAUGCACUCCAAGGGCUUGGUGCAUCGUGAUCUGAAACUAGAAAACUUGCUUCUGGAUAAACAAGAAAAUUUGUUGAUCACAGACUUCGGUUUUGUUAACGAAUUCAGUCCCGAAGAUGAGCUAAUGAAAACAUCUUGCGGGUCUCCCUGUUACGCUGCUCCGGAGCUUGUGGUUACAACAUGGCCAUAUCAGGCCCGGAAGGCAGAUAUAUGGUCCUGUGGUGUGAUCUUAUAUGCAAUGCUUGCAGGAUAUUUGCCCUGGGAUGACGAUUCCGAAAAUCCUGAUGGUGAUGACAUUGGAAAACUUUAUCGAUACAUUACAAAAACACCACUCAAAUUUCCAGACUACAUUAGUCCUGUGCCCAGAGACCUUUUGAGAGAAACUUUGCUUCCGGAUCCUAAAAAGAGGUUUAGUACGUCCCAGAUUCUACAACACAGAUGGUUGCGACCUCAUCAAGCGUUUUUGAGCGUCUUGCCCGCGGAAUGGGAUCAAGUGUCUAAAAAUCAAGAUAUUUUGAGAAGGCCGCCUCCGAAGAGGGAUGGUGCAAAUGAUUCACGGCCACGUUCCAAUUGCUCGGUAUCAUCGUCGAAUUCCAAAAAUGAAAAGCGCAACUCACUAAUCAUGGACUCAACGCUGUAUUCACAUCCAGUACCGCCCCAACAAUCACAGUCGCAUGCCGUUGCGACGCCAUCUUCUCCUUCGCCGAGAAUGCGUCAGUCGCCGAUCAAGAUAAGCCGUCACAGCCGCAGCAAUUCUGCGGCUUCGGUUGCACUGCAAGCUGUCGUCGAUGCUGAGAAGGAAUACCAUGCCACGCACUCUAAUCCACCCAGUUCGGCGUCACUGUCAGCACUUCAGUCAGAGAAUCCGCCCUUUAGCUCUCAGAGCACGUCCCCUCGUCUUCACUCUCAUGCUCCGAGGAAACAAAGUCAUGCCACUGUUUCUUCCUUAAAGGAUAGCAUAAUAAUUGAGACCAGCCCUCUUAAGGGAUCAUCGUCUCAUGUUCUUUCACCUUUACAGAUCGAUCCGAAUACUGGUCUCAUUCUUUCAACCAAACCAGAAGGCCCUGUAAUUCCUCUCACGCAUACAAGUCAUAAGGCAUCUCACGCUGCGUCUAAUAAUACCACCCAUAAUCUGUCAGCUCAUAGACGACCCCGACCAACCUCCUAUCAUCCGACAUCCUACACUGCAUUCAACGACACUUCUUAUCCAAUACCUGCAUUGACUGUUCCGGAACUUCAUCAAAGUGAUGAGAAGAUAUCAGUGGAAAACCAACAAUCAUUGGAUAAGACACCCCAGCAUACUUUACAGAAAGAUUCACAUCGACUGAGCCAAACAUUUUUGGAUACACAAAUAGUUGCUGGCGAUCUGAUCAAAACGGGCGACGAUGGCGCCACGGCUGCCAAGAAGAUCCAUGAUCAGGUGGAACAUGCAGAUCAUAAAAUAGAUCUCAUGAGACAUAGAAGGCAAAGUCAAAGGUAUAGUGUCGUCUACGAUAAAUUGUUCGGUGCUGUUCCUGAACAGUGUGAAGUGCUGACAGAUGAAGAAACUGUUUUGACAGAACCUAGUACUCCCUUAGUGCGUGAGAUGAAAGUAAGCCAAGAGCCAACUAAGGGAAACAAAAAAAGAUUCAGCAUACUAUCGGCUUACUCGUCAUACAAUACAUCGAAGACCAGCAUAGAGUCGGAUAAUGGGAAGGAGAAAUCCAAAGCUACGAAAAAGAGUGGGGCUGGGCUCGAAGGGCGGUCAACAAAAACGAGCUCAAGAAGUAGUUCCGCGACUCAGGAUGUAAAGGGCAACCGGGGAGACAGUAAAGAAAUUUCUAAGCCGGACAUGCAAGCACCAACAGACAAGGAGAGCAGGAAAACUGUUGUUUCAUACAAGACGGGUUCGAAGCCGGAGCAAAUUGAAAGCCAAGGACAACAAUCCGUUACUCCACAGGCCGUUAAACGAAGCUCAUCUCUGCGCAAGACGAGCAAGAACUCGACAAGAACGAAUCGUGGGUCAGUGAUGAUCUCGUCACUAUCGAGACUCGGAAGCUCGACAGACGACAGCCGGAAUGGGAACGUGGAAGCUAGACCCCGCGAGCAGUCGACUGCCAAGAAGGUCAUUGAUUUUUUCAAGCGCAGAAGCAUGCGCCUUUAG